GAAGGGGAGGGGGUUUGAACACCGACUUAGGGACACGGAACAAUUGCUGCGAGCUCCGGACACCGUGACCCUCAAUCCCGGGACAGUCCUGCUCUCUUCCCUCUCGCUCAGCCCCACGAUCCGUACACGGGCCCCAGGGAGCUACCGGCUGAUGAGGGAAUGGGAACCGAUGGAUCGCUCAGACAGAGCUGAGCUCCAGCUGUCUAAAUGCAAGGAUUGGGAACUCGGAGAAAGGGAACAAAGUCUUUUACAUCAGCUGUUGAGAAAAUCACCUUUGUUCCACCUCCAAUUUCAAACGAGAAAAUCUGUAGAGAGCGCACAGUACGAAGGAGAGGUCAUGGAUGUUGUGUUCUUUAUACAUACCGUGGAUUACUAAUAACAAACCAUAUUCUGGCAGAAUUGAACUUUUAUUUAACAGCAACAAAACCAAGUUUUACACUGCCAUGCUUCUCGAUCAUUCUUCAUUUCUGCGCAUGCUGGGAACUCUGUUCAGUCACGACCUGACACGUGAUAUCCACAAGAGGUUAAAAACGAAAAGGAAUUUGUCUCCAGGCAUCUCAAACAUGGCACGCCAGUUUUGCUGUCUCUGUCUAGAUAUUUAAGAAGUGGAGCAAGGAAUUCAGUCAACCAUCCUUCCUACACAAACUGUGGGAAUGAAUUCAGGGUCAUCUCAGUUGAAGGAAUAUCAGUAAGUUCACACUGGGCAAAGCCAUUCAUCUGUUCUGUGUGUGAACGAGGAUUCAGUUGGUCAUCCCACCUGUAGACACACGAGUCAGAGGCUGGGCAUCUGCUGAAUUUCUGGGAAAGGAUUUACUUGGUCAUCUGACCUAAUGAAUCACCAGUCAGUUCACACUGGGGAGAGGCCAUUCACCUGCUCGGACUGUGGGAAAGGAUUCACACUGUAAUCCACCCUACAGAGUCACCAGCGAGUUCACACUGAAGAGAGGCCGUUCACCUGCUCUGACUGUCGGAAGGGAUUCACUUUUUCAUCCAGCCUAAUGGCUCACCAGCGAGUUCACACCGGGGAGCAGCUGUUCACCUGCUCAGACUGUGGGAAGGGAUUCACUUUGUCAUCUCAACUACUGACACACCGGCGAGUUCAUACUGGGGAGAAGCUGUUCACCUGCUCUGUCUGUGGGAAAAGAUUCACUCACUCUUCAACCCUACAGAGACACCAUCGAGUUCACACUGGGGAGAAGCCGUUCACCUGCUCCGUCUGUGGGAUGAGAUUCACUGAUUCAUCCACCCUACAGAGUCACCAGCGAGUUCACACUGGGGAGAAGCCAUUCACCUGCUCAGUCUGUGGGAAAAGAUUCACUCAGUCAUCCAACCUGCAGAGUCAUCAGCGAGUUCACACUGGGGAGAAGCCGUUCACCUGCUCAGACUGUGGGAAGGCAUUCACUCAGUCAUCUGACCUAAUGGCUCACCAGCGAGUUCACACCGGGGAGCGGCCGUUCACCUGCUCAGACUGUGGGAAGGGAUUCACUUUGUCAUCUAAACUACUGACACACCAGCGAGUUCACACCGGGGAGAAGCCGUUCACCUGCUCAGUCUGUGAGAAGAGAUUCACUCACUCUUCCACCCUACAGAGACACAAGCGAGUUCACACUGGGGAGAAGCCGUUCUCCUGCUCAGAAUGUGGGAAAAGAUUCACUCAGUCAUCCAACCUGCAGAGUCAUCAGCGAGUUCACACUGGGGAAAAGCCGUUCACCUGCUCAGAAUGUGGGAAGGGAUUCACACUGUCAUCCCAACUACAGAGACACCAGCGAGUUCACACUGGGGAGAAGCCAUUCAUCUGCUCAGUCUGUGAGAAGAGAUUCACUCACUCUUCCACCCUACAGAGUCAUCAGCGAGUUCACACCGGGGAGAAGCCGUUCACCUGCUCAGUCUGUGAGAAGAGAUUCACUUACUCUUCCACCCUGCAGGGACACCAUCGAGUUCACACUGGGGAGAAGCCGUUCACCUGCUCUGUCUGUGGGAUGAGAUUCACUGAUUCAUCCACCCUACAGAGUCACCAGCGAGUUCACACUGGGGAGAAGCCGUUCACCUGCUCAGUCUGUGGGAAGAGAUUCACUCAGUCAUCCAACCUGCAGAGUCAUCAGCGAGUUCACACUGGGGAGAAGCCGUUCACCUGCUCAGACUGUGGGAAGGCAUUCACUUUUUCAUCUAGCCUAAUGGCUCACCAGCGAGUUCACACCGGGGAGCGGCCGUUCACCUGCUCAGACUGUGGGAAGGGAUUCACUUUGUCAUCUAAACUACUGACACACCAGCGAGUUCACACCGGGGAGAAGCCGUUUAUGUGCUCAGUCUGUGAGAAGAGAUUCACUGACUCUUCCGCCCUACAGAGACACCAGCGAGUUCACACUGGGGAGAAGCCGUUCACCUGCUCAGUCUGUGGGAAGGGAUUCACUCAGUCAUCACACCUGCAGAGUCAUCAGCGAGUUCACACUGGGGAGAAGCCGUUCACCUGCUUAGAAUGUGGGAAGGGAUUCACACUGUCAUCCCACCUACAGAGUCAUCAGCGAGUUCACACUGGGGAGAAGCCAUUCACCUGCUCAGACUGUGGGAAGGGAUUCAGUUGCUCAUCUACGCUGAAGGUACAUCAGCGAGUUCACACUGGAGAGAGGCCAUUCACCUGCUCAGACUGUGGGAAGAGAUUCACUCAGUCAUCCCAUCUACAGAGACACCAGCGAGUUCACACCGGGGAGAAGCCGUUCACCUGCUCAGUCUGUGAGAAGAGAUUCACUCACUCUUCCACCCUACAGAGACACCAUCGAGUUCACACUGGGGAGAAACCGUUCACCUGCUCAGUCUGUGGGAAGGGAUUCACUCAGUCAUCCCACCUACAGAGUCAUCAGCGAGUUCACACUGGGGAAAAGCCGUACACCUGCUCAGAAUGUGGGAAAGGAUUCACUCAGUCAUCCCAACUGCAGGCGCACCAGUCAGUUCACAGUGGGGGAAGGCCGUUGUUAUGAAUCCCUUGGUUUCAUUUGCUGUGGACAUUCAUUUUAAGACAGAGAUUAAGAAGGUGAAUCAGUCUGACUUGCAGCUUGUUUACAUUGCUUGCAGCUUGUUUAGUUUUAACCGAGGACACAGACACUCAGAGUCAGACGGAGACGAAGGAGGAAAAAUGGAAGGAUUGAAACAAGGGAACUAGAGGCCAGGGGUCACUGUUUAGAACUUUCCUAUGCCCGCAAGGGUGGGUUAAUUAUCGAUUCAGCAUACAUCGAAUGUGUGGUUGUCACCUUGUGUGAGCCAUAGGAGUGGAUCGGAUUUGGCGUAUCCUGUGUUAACCCUUGCCUGGGUGUGGUGUGAUAAUUCACUUGAAGACGAUACUCCUUGUGACAAGUCACUUUCGGUGAUAAUUCGUAUGUGGAUUUGGAACAAUGAUGGAUAAAAUCUACAGUGAUUGUUCUCUCUUUGUCCCACCGUGGAACCUGUGGAAUUCAACAUAAUUGCCUUCUCCAGACAUUUACCCUGGAUUACAAAUAUCUCUCUCUCAUCACCUAUUCUGUGGUUGAACUGAACUAACAUACUUUAGCGUCUCAAGAUUCUAAGCCUUGAUUCCCCCGAGCUCAAUAGACUGGGAGUUAUAUUUACACACAUAUAUACACAUAACACUGCUAACUUUUGUUUAUCUUGCUUAAGUUACUAUAUUAUAAGUAGAUACUAAUAAAGGUAGUGGGUUUAACUUCAAAACCAAACUCCAGAUGUAGUCUAUUGCUGCUGGUUCGUUUCUAAAGUGUUACGAUUCGUAACAAAAUUGGGAUCUGCUUUUGGGAUAUGAACAAAUUUGGGAGCGUAUCGAUUGAUUAAUUAUCAAUUUCAUUGGGGAAAUCCCUUUUUAUUUAUUUGUGUGUGGAAAAUCAGCAGCAAUGGAUGUUGAUAGAUCUCUGGAAGCGCCAACCUCUGAGGCAUUGGAGGACACCAGAAGGAUUGAGUUAUUGAGUAUUGCUAAAACUAGCUAAGGUGAAAUCGACAAUGAAGAGGGCACAGAUGCAGAGGAUAAUAGCUGAGCAAUGUGUAUCUGAGGAUGUGUUUAAAGUGGAGGAGUUGGAGGUGUUUCCUGAAAGUAAACCUAGUGAGCUUGAGCUCCCGUACAAGUUAGAAAAAUUAAACAUGGAGGCUGCGGAAAGGCAGAGGUAGAAAAGCAGAGAAAAGAGGCAGAAAAACAGAGGGAGGAAGCAGAAAGACAUAGGCUGUUCGAGCAGGAAAAGAGAGAGAGAUUGCAGCAAAGAGGUUUAAUGUUAGACUCUGCUGAUAAGUUUGAGGCCAGUCGGGAAGUUAAAUUGGUACCUCCAUUUGACGAGGCAGAGGUUGAUAAAUACUUUCAGCAUUUUGAGAAGGUUGCUCAGAGUUUAAAGUAGCCAAAAGAGGGUUGGCCUAUUCUCUUUCAAAGUGUAAUUAAGGGGAAGGCUCAGCAAGCCUAUUCUGCUUGACAAUUGAUGAAGCAGCUGAUUAUAUAACCAUAUAACAAUUACAGCACGUAAACAGGCCAUCUCGACCCUUCUAGUCCGUGCUGAACUCUUACUCUCACCUAGUCCCACUGACCUGCAAUCAGCCCAUAACCCUCCAUUCCUUUCCUGUCCGUAUAGCUGUCCAAUUUAACUUUAAAUGACAACAUCGAUCCUGCCUCAACCACUUCUGCCGGAAGCUCGUUCCACACAGCUACCACGCUCUGAGUAAAGGAAUUCCCCCUCAUGUUAUGCCUAAACUUUUGCCCUUUAACUCUCAACUCAUAUCCUCUUGUUUGGAUCUCCCCCACUCUCAAUGGAAAAAGCCUAUCCACAUCAACUCUGUCUAUCCCCCUCAUAAUUUUAAAUGCCUCUAUCAAGUCCCCCCUCAACCUCCUACGUUCCAAAGAAUAAAGACCCAACUUCAACCUUUCUCUGUAACUUAGGUGAUGAAACCCAGGUGACAUUCUGGUAAAUCUUCUCUGUACUCUCUCUAUUUUCCUAUAGUUUUCCUACAUCUUUCCUAUAAUUCGGUGACCAAAACUGUACACAAUACUCCAAAUUUGGCCUCACCAAUGCCUUGGAGGGAGUUAGAUAUGGCCCUUGUGGUUGAAGGGAUCAGGGGGUAUGGGGGGAAGGCUGGUACAGGGUUCUGAGUUGGAUAAUCAGCCAUGAUCAUACUGAAUGGCGGUGCAGGCUCGAAGGGCUGAAUGGCCUACUCCUGCACCUAUUUUCUAUGUUUCUAAGUUUUGUACAAUUUCAACAUUACCUCCCAACUCCUAUACGCAAUGCUCUGAUUUAUAAAGGCCAGCAUACCAAAAGCUUGCUUCACCACUUAUCCACAUGAGAUUCCACCUUCAGGGAACUAUUCACCAUUAUUCCUAGAUCUCUCUGCACUACUGCAUUCUUCAAUGCCCUACCAUUAUGACAUAGUGAAACAGGCUGUGCUCAAAGCUUACGAGCUGGUCCCAGAAGCAUACAGGCAAAAGUUUAGAAAUUUGAGGAAAGCUGUGAACCAGACUUGUAUGGAAUUUGCUUAUGAGAGGUUUGUGUGUUUUGAAGGGUGAAAAGUUUGUUUGGACCGAGCCUUGAGAUUAGGCCAAUCAAUGUAGUGUCGUCAGCAAAUUUAAUUAGCGGAUUUGAGCUGUGGGUGGUGACACAGUCAUGGGUACACAGAGAGUAAAGGAGGGGGCCAAGGAGACAACCCUGUGGGGUAUGUGUGCUAAAGGUCAGAGAGACAGAGGUGAGGGAGCCCACUCUUAACACCUGCCGGCGAUCUGACAGGAAGUCCAGGGUCUAGCUACACGAGGCAGGGUGAAGGCCGAGGUCUCUGAGCUUCUUGUCGAUACUUCAUGCCUUCGUAUGGCUACUGCUCUGCCCAUGACUGCAAUGAACUGCAGAGAACUUUGGGGAACAGAGAACAUCAGGGAAACAAGCCUCACCACCAUGGACUCUUCCUACACUUCCCCUGCCACGGAAAAGCAGGCCAUGUACUCAAAGAUCUUCACAACCUGGACAGUCUUGCUGCAAACCCGCUCCCCCAUCGGGGAAGAGAGACAAAAGCCUUAAAACGGGUACCACCAGACUCAAGGAUGGCUUCCUGUCUGCGGUUAUAAACCAAAUGAAUGGUCUCCAAUACAAUAAAAUGGUCUCGACCUCACAAUGUAACUCCACGUGACCCUGCACAUAUGUCUAUCUGCACUGCACUUUCUCUGCAGCCAUAAUGCUUUGUUACAGUUAUUGUUUUGUCCUAUAUCAGCUCAAUGUACUGUCGUAAUGUAUUGAUCUGUGUCGAUGGUACAUCAGGCAAGAUUUUCACUGUAGCUCAGUACAUGAUGAUGAUAAUAAUAAACAAAUUCCCCAUUUUAAUUGUGACGACAUAUUAGACAGACUUAGCUUCUGCUCUGGAACCACAGAAGGAAACCUAACUCUUGUCAUUUCUGAGGAAUGCAAAUAAAUGGAAAAGGCUUCAAUCUCACAUUACGACCUGCGGUAACCGGGAUCAGGUGACCGGUGGUGGGUCUCCUAUACCAAUAUCAGAAUCAGGUUCAACAGCACCGGCCCAUGUCAUGACAUUCAUUGUCUCUGCGGCAGCAAUAGAACCUAAUUCAUAACAAUAGAUUUUAACAAUUGUGAUUUGAAAUAAGAAUAUACAUAUUAAAUAGUUAAAUUAUAUAAGUAGUACAAAAUAAAAACGUAAUAAACUAUUUUA